GAGGACAGAAGCUACAGGCUGCAAUUCUCACUUCAUCAUCUCCUCCCUCUGGUACGCCAUAGGGUUCCUCUCAGGUCCUUAACGCCCUGCCCUUCAGCCCUGGGCCCAUGCCACCCUCCUGGGCAUCACCUCCCUGGACCAAUCACAGCCACUCACGUGAGCUGGAGUUCGUGCUGCUGGGCUUCUCACACGUGCCUUCCCUGCGCCCCAUGCUUGCAGUGCUCUUCCUGGCCGCCUUCCUGCUCACGUUGCUAGGCAACACGCUCAUCGUCAUGCUCACCAGCCUGGACCCAGGCCUGCGAGCACCCAUGUACUUCUUCCUGCGCCAGCUGGCGCUGGUGGAGAUCUGCUUCUCACUGGACGUGGCGCCCCGUCUGCUGGUGACCCUGCUGCGGCCUGGACGCGGAAUGUUCACCACAAGUUGUGCUCUGCAGCUGCUCCUCGUGCUGUCCUUAGUCACAUCCGAGUGUUUCCUCCUCACGGUCAUGGCCUGGGACCGCUUCCUGGCCAUUUGUAGGCCUCUGCAUUAUGGUGCCAUCAUGAGCUUGAGGCUAUGCCACCUGCUGGCCGCCACCUGCUGGCUUUCAGGACUACCAGUGGCUUUGGUCUUCACCAUCUGGCUCUUUAACUUCCCCUUCUGUGGACCACGGGGCAUCAGGCACUUCUUCUGUGACAUAGCACCUCUACUGAGCCUGGUGUGCGCAGACACCAGAGUCUUCGAGGCCAACGUGUUUGUGGCUACUGUCCUCGUCAUCAUGGUUCCUUUCUGUCUUAUAGCUACGUCCUACAUCAUGAUUCUGGCUGCUGUCCUUCGGAUGCCAUCAGCCUCUGGGCGCCAAAAGGCCCUGUCCACCUGUGCCUCCCACCUCAUCGUGGUGAUUCUGUUUUACGGCACUACGGGAGUCAUCCACUUGCGCCCCAAGGCCAGCUACUCUCCUGAGAGCAAGCAAGUGGUGUCCCUGUCAUACACCAUGGUGACCCCCAUGCUCAACCCUCUCAUCUACAGCCUGCGGAACAAGGAGGUCAAGGCUGCCUUCAGGCGUGUGUGCUGUGGACGGCAAGGGUCUAGAUUCCAUGAGUGAACUCUGUCCUCUACCAACUUUCAGAGUCAAGAAAUUGCUGAGGCCCACUUUCCCAG